UCGCCGUUGAUAUGCCGCGAGUUUUCAUCAUCCUUUAACCCUUCAAAGUUCGCGACCUGGUGAUGCGCACUACAUCAUCUGGACUAGAGGAAUGCCUCAUCGCGAUAAUUGAAGUGGAUUCGAGAUCGUUUAUCGGUCUUUUCGGUUCUUUCGCAGGAUAUAUUAUCUAUGAACGGAUACUUGAUUUUGUCAGUCGAAAUUUCACCUGGGUGAAACACGCUUGCUUUUUUCCAAACUGCAUUAAUCAUAAUUCUCAUAUUUCCUCCUCCUUCUUCCUUGUUUUUUGUCCCUGCCAUUUUCUUCACAAGAUCCUUGAUAUCCAUUCUUGGAUAAUAUUUUUCCCCUUUUUGUCUGAUUUUUUUCUUUUCGGGUUGCACAGGAUCCAUCCACGAUCCAUCCAGUCUGCCAGGUUUGGGAUUGGGAUUGGGCUUUUCAUCCCAUCUCAUCUCUAUGCAUUUCUCUUCUCUGCUACCUGAGGGCGGGAUAUUAUCAAGUAUAACUUAUCUGUUCUUAGAGUCUUAUGGUCGGAAAUAAUGUUUUCUUUGCUCUUUCUUUCUUUCGUUCGCAUUUCCUUGGCUCCGAUAUUUAUUUUUUUCGGAAUAUCUACAGUAGUCUAGUACUCCUUUUUUUCUUUUUUCUUUUCUUGUUUCUUGAUGUACAGUACAGCGAACCUUCCCA